GUCAUUAGAGACUGUGUGAAAAGAGAAGAGAAGCCAUUGAAACGUUUUCGUUUAUACAUUCUCAUUUUCUUCUUCUCGAUCUUUCUCUCCCUCUCUUUGAAGUUUCUCAUUGGUUAGAAAAAGGUUCCCACUUUCUUCAUUUUUGAUUUUAUCUUUUGUUCUUCGUUUUCAGAUUCCUUCUUUGCAUGUUCGUGUGUGUGAUUUGGAAUUAUCGUAAUGGCGUACGAGGAAGACUUUAAGCAAACUUCUGAAGCCAAAUAUGAUUGUCUUUUGUUUGAUAUAGAUGAUACUCUUUACCCUCUCAGUUCUGGUUUGGCUAUGCAAGUGAAAACGAACAUUCAAGAGUAUAUGACUCAGAAACUUGGUAUUGAAGAAGCUAAAGUCCAAGAACUGUGCCUCGCGCUUUAUAAAAUUUAUGGAACUACUAUGGCUGGUCUCAAGGCUGUGGGUUAUGACUUUGACUACGAUGAUUUUCACAGUUUUGUUCAUGGGAGAUUGCCAUACUCAACAUUGAAGCCUGACCCAAUUUUGAGGAAUAUUAUUCUUAGCUUGCCUAUCCGCAAAGUUGUUUUCACGAAUGCAGACAAGGCUCAUGCAGCCAAGAUCAUUUCCAAGCUAGGCCUAGAGGGCUGCUUCGAAAAAGUCAUAUCUUUCGAGACUCUGAACCCCAUCAACAAAACUGAAACUCCUCAUGAUACCAAAACUAGAGAAAUCUUCGACAUAAUCAGUUACAUGGCAAAUCCUGACCCCCAAGUCGAACUUCCAAAGACACCAGUUAUAUGCAAACCAUCUGAAGGAGCAUUCGAACAGGUUUUCAAGAUGGCCAACAUCAAUCCUAAGAAGACAUUGUUCUUUGAUGACAGUAUCCGCAACAUACAAACUGGGAAACGCGUUGGUCUCCACACCAUAUGGGUUGGGACCUCACAGAGAGAGGAAGGAGUAGAUAUGGCAUUGGAGCAUAUUCACAACAUUCGUGAAGCUCUUCCUGAACUAUGGGAAGCUGUUGAGGAAAAAGGCGAGGAGCUUAGAACCAGGCAAAAGGUCGCCAUUGAAACCAUUGCUUAAACAAGCAUUCACUUGCAUGCAUUUCACAGCAAAUAGUAAAAACAAAAUAGCGUGAAAAACUACUGAACUAUUCACUCCUUUAAGAGUAAAAAUAUUGAAACUGGGGGGAAAUGUGAGUACUGAGUAGUAAUGAAAACAAACUUACUUUAUUGAACAAUUGCAACAUUUGGGUUUAAUC